AUGCCACCAAAAGCCGAUUGGGAUAAAUAUGUUGCUCCAGCAGAGGACGAAGAGAAGGAGCAAGAAAAAAUAGUGCCAUUGUCAGAGAGCGAUAUUCAAGUAUUGAAGACGUACGGUGCAGCUCCAUAUGCUUCAACUAUAAAACAAAUUGAAAAAGACUUGAAAGAUGUCGAAGAGAGAAUAAAGGAGAACAUAGGUAUAAAGGAAAGUGACACUGGCUUAGCACCAACGCACCUUUGGGAUGUUCUUGGAGACAAGCAGCGAAUGCAAGAAGAACAGUCUUUACAAGUUGCCAGAUGCACAAAGAUUAUAGAACCAGUGCAACAAGUUACCACCACGCCGGGGUUGCAGAAUGCCGACACCAGAUCCAAAUAUGUUAUCAAUAUAAAGCAGAUUGCUAAGUUUGUUGUUGGUUUGGGGGAGAGAGUAUCACCAACCGAUAUCGAAGAAGGCAUGAGGGUUGGUGUUGAUAGACACAAGUAUGAGAUUCAAUUGCCACUACCACCAAGGAUUGACCCAUCAGUCACUAUGAUGACAGUGGAGGAGAAACCAGAUGUGACGUAUAGUGAUGUUGGUGGAUGUAAAGAACAAAUUGAGAAAUUGAGAGAGGUUGUCGAAUUGCCAUUGUUGAGUCCUGAAAGAUUUGUCAAAUUAGGUAUUGAUCCUCCAAAAGGUAUUUUACUUUAUGGUCCACCAGGUACUGGUAAGACCUUAUGUGCUAGAGCAGUUGCAAACAGAACCGAUGCUACAUUUAUCAGAGUCAUUGGGUCCGAAUUGGUGCAGAAAUAUGUUGGUGAGGGUGCUAGAAUGGUGAGAGAAUUGUUUGAGAUGGCUAGAACCAAGAAAGCUUGUAUUAUAUUCUUUGAUGAGGUAGAUGCAAUUGGAGGUGCUAGGUUCGAUGAUGGUGCUGGUGGUGACAACGAAGUGCAGAGAACAAUGUUGGAGUUGAUUACUCAAUUGGAUGGAUUCGAUCCAAGAGGUAACAUCAAGGUUAUGUUUGCCACCAAUAGACCAAACACUUUAGAUCCUGCAUUAUUGAGACCGGGAAGAAUAGAUCGGAAAGUUGAGUUUUCCUUACCUGAUUUGGAAGGCCGUGCCAACAUUUUUAGAAUUCAUUCGAAAACCAUGAGUUGUGAGAAGGAUAUCAGAUGGGAGCUAAUAUCAAGAUUGUGCCCUAAUGCUACUGGUGCAGAGUUGAGGUCUGUUUGUACUGAAGCAGGUAUGUUUGCAAUCAGAUCCAGAAGAAAAGUUGCUAAUGAGAAGGACUUUUUGAAAGCAGUUGACAAGGUUAUCAAGGGUAACUUGAAAUUCAGUUCAACAAGUGAAUAUAUGCAAUAUAAUUAG